AUGCUAUACACACCAGAUAUAGAAACCCUACGCGUAGCGCAUAGAAUCUGCGGAACACUAAGCGGCACACUCCCCUCUGUCUCCCAGCAAAACGUCUUCCUAGGUACACCUCUCACGUUACUUCCCGAAGAAGUUGCGGCACUCGUGAACACCGGCAUCGCAUGUAUAGUCCACGACGCCCAAUCGCAUGGUACACCUACCAAGCACCAGCUCCAACGAUGGGCUCAAGUGCGAAAGUUAAUUAUCGAAGCAGAAAUGAGGGAUCGCGAGGCGUCGGUUGCACCCGUCAAGGUAGAUACGAGCGACAAGGCGCAAAAGAAGCGCCUGGAACGGGAGGCGCGCAAAGCCGCUCAAGCUCAACAGUCUGAACUUUCAUCAGUCACCGUCGCCGAGCCGGAACCCGCAGCUCCUCCGGCCGUGGCUCAACAGCAGCAGGCGUACACGGUUCACGUUCCAGGACCGUCCUCUGAACUCCCAUGGUAUACUGCCCGAAUCUUCCACACGAUCGACGAGGCGCGGGAAGCUGGGGUGUGGACCUAUCCCCAAGACGUCAAGGAGCGCGCGGAAUGCGCCGUUUUUCGGGAUUUAUGGGAAAAGGGGAAUUAUCUCGGUCCGGGGAUCAAGUUUGGAGGAAAUUACCUUGUGUAUCCUGGUGAUCCAUUGAGGUUUCACUCUCACUUUGUUGCCUCGGUUCAUCAGAGCAGAACCGCAGCCAUUCGUCCGAUGGACAUUGUGGCAUUCGGUCGACUAGGCACAGCUACUAAAAAAGUUCACCUUUUGUGCGGGUAUGACGAUGAAUCAGGCACAGUUUCGUACCAUUCGAUAGAAUGGGCCUCAUUUGGCUAA